AACCACACCCUGCGCUGGUUACACCUGAUUUCUCAGGUAGCCUACACCGAGAGUCUCGAGCUUUCCCGCACUUCGUUCGCGGGUGUCAUGGACAUCACGUGCUGCUGCAGCAGCAGAGCGCUCUGAGGUGAAACUCACGACAUACAGCGACUUCAUAAAGUCCAUGAACAAGGCAAGAUGAAUGAAAAGGAAGUUGAGGAAGGUGCAGUGGCCCUGAUGCCAAAACAAGAUCUGAGCUGGAUUCCACAAUUAUUGAAGAAGAGAUUGUGCACGACAUUUGUGGAGGACUCUUUCAGCAAUGGCGGUCGGUGUCAGUGUGGGGCCACGCGGGACUCCCAUCCUUCAGUGGCCUUGGGCGAUUACUUCAGCACGGCCAUGGUCAGUCACUGGGACAGCACACAGCACUCCUCCGAGCAGCCCACAGAUGCCUAUGGAGAGCUGGAGUUUGCUGGGGCCGGCAAGAGACACAGCUAUUUCUUGCGUCUCUCCAGCACCACAGAUCCUUUUGUGGUCUUUGAUAUCAUGAGACAACACUGGAAACUGGGGCAGCCCAACCUGGUGGUGUCAGUGGUUGGCGGUGAAGGAAGGUCAAGGGUCAAGAGCUGGGUGCGAGAGGUCUUGAGGCAGGGGCUGGUUAAAGCGGCACAGAGUACAGGAGCGUGGAUCAUAACCUCAGGGCUGAGGGAAGGCAUCGGCAAGUGUGUAGGAGAGGCAGUGAGAGAUCACGCCACCGCAGUGUCUUCUGUCAAUUUAAAUAAAGUGGUUCCUAUAGGCAUUGCUCCUUGGGGAAUGGUACAUAAUCGCCUGCAGCUCGUUGACCCUGAGGGAAGUUUCCCCGCUAAGUAUUUUGUCCAAAAUGCUCCACGUGGCACCUGCUCUCUGGAUAAUAACUACAAGGCUUUCCUUCUGGUGGACGAUGGGACCGAAGGACGUAAAGGUGGGGAGGUCGGUUUCAGAGGCCGUCUGGAGGAUUACAUUUCACGUCAGCGCCCAGGCAGUGCAAGCAUUGACAUUCCUGUUCUGAAUAUGCUGAUAUCUGGACAAGUUUCCAUGUUGGAGGCAUUAGAAAUCUCUCUAAAGAAUUCAAUGCCCUGGUUGGUUCUGGCUGGUUCGGGUGGACUUGCUAAUCUUGUGAGCGACAUUGUGGAGAAUGUGCAAUCUGCUCCGAUGUCUGCGUUUGGAGGAGAAGAGGAGGAGGAAGGGUCUUCCAACAUGGAGCUUAGAGAACGAAUAACCAUGAAAGUAAAGAAACACUUUCCUUCAGAGCAAGACAUGGACAAGCUUGUUGAUAAGGUUUUAAGCAUCUACCAGAACAAAGACCUCAUCUCCAUUUAUCACGCAGAAGGAGUGGAUGAUUUUGACACUGUGAUGCUUAAAGUGCUUGUUCAAGCGAGUAAACAGCGGGUUUCGAUGUCUACUAACCCCUAUGUUGAUGAGUUGAAGCUGGCUGUAACCUGGAACAGAGUGGACAUCGCCAAGAGUGAACUGUUCAGUGGAAACAUCGACUGGAAGUAUGAAGAUCUUGAAGUAUCCAUGACUGAUGCCCUGGAGAACGAUAAACCCCAGUUUGUGCGUCUCUUCAUUGACAACGGUCUAAACAUUUUGAACUACCUGACUUACGGCCGACUGGAGGGUCUUUACGACUCCAUCUCUAAAACCUCCCAGGCCGGCAUGUUGCUGCAGCAUCUCCUGGAAGAGCGCAUAAACGAGUCCAAUGAUCAGACGUGCCAUGUCAGCCUUUAUGAGGUGAGUCAGCUGCUGGAGGAUCUUUUGGGAGAGGUGUGCCAGCCCUUCUACAGGUCUGUACUCCGUGUGGAUGCAGCAUCUACCAAAAGAAAAGCUUUGAAGAAAGCAUGCAAGGUCCUGAAGGAGGAGUGCUUAUAUCGGCAAAACAUGUGUAAGGACCCGUGGUUAUGUCUCUUCCUCUGGGCGGUGCUGCAGAACCGUGGUGAAAUGGCGAUCUUCUGCUGGGAAAUGGUAACGUGCAGCUGUCUGAAGAUGGCCAUGGCCACUGAUGCCCGUUAUUUCUUCAGCCAUGAUGGAGUACAGUCCCUGCUGUCUCAGAUCUGGUGGGGUGACAUGGAAAGAGGAACAGAGCUCUGGAAACUCGCGCUGACGAUGAUCAUUCCUCCUCUCGUCUACACCAACCUCAUCGAUUUCAAGUCAGAAAAGAAAGCAGAGAAUACAGAAGAAGUCAAAUCAGGGAUGGCACCUCCACCUUCAGCAACAGACUGUAAUUACGGAGAGACUGUCUUCUCCUUCGCUGAUAUCAAACACAACAGUGAAGGCGAUCACGAGGACUCAAAUAACAUCAGGCAACCAACAAAAGGUACUGCUACAAAUUCCCAACCCAAGAAGCGCCCGUUUUGGGUUUCCCGCUGGAAGCAGUUCUGGUACGCCCCUGUCACUUCAUUCAUCGGCAACGUUGUGACGUACUUCCUCUUCCUGUUUCUGUACGCCUACGUGCUCUUGGUCGACUUCAAGCCGCCUCCGCCUGAAGGCCCUGCCGUUUCUGAGUAUGUGCUGUAUUUCUGGGUGUUCACGAUCGUCUGCGAGGAGAUUCGAGAGACAUUCAUUGUGGGCAGUAAGACGUUUUGUCAGAGGUUGAUGCUGUAUGUUCAGGAUGUUUGGAAUAAGUUUGAUGUUCUUGCCAUCUCCCUCUUUAUCGCUGGAUUGUGCUGCAGGAUGUUCAGUUGGUCGUACAACACGGGACGCGAUAUACUGUGUAUGGACUUCAUGGUCUUCACGCUCCGACUCAUCCACAUUUUUGCCAUUCACAGACAGUUGGGUCCCAAAAUCAUCAUACUUGGCAAAAUGAUAAAGGAUGCGCUCUUCUUCUUAUUGUUCCUGGGGGUGUGGCUGAGUGCGUAUGGAGUGGCCAAUCAAGCUCUAUUAUACCAAUACGACCCAAGCCCUGAUAGAGCGUUUCGACGAGUCUUGUACAGACCAUAUUUGCAUAUAUUUGGACAGAUUCCUGUGGAAGAAAUAGACACUGGCAAGUAUUGGGAUAGAGACUGCACAGAUAAUCUGACACUGAUUAAUGAAGGGAAAGAGCCAUGUAGAGACACCAGCCACAACUGGCUUGUGGUCAUUUUGCUGGUCAUAUUUCUACUAGUCACCAACAUCCUACUAGUCAACCUGCUCAUCGCCACAUUCAGCUACACCUUCUCUAAGGUUCAGGAGCACAGCGACACAUACUGGAAGUUUCAGCGGUAUAAUCUGAUAGUGGAGUAUCAUUCCCGUCCAACUCUCGCUCCACCCUUCAUCAUCCUAUCCCACAUCAACCUCUUAAUCAAAAGAAACCUACGCAAAGUGCCAUCCACCAAAAUCCACCGAUUUGCACUGCAGUUGAAGGGUAGAGAUGCUAACAAGCUGGUGAAAUGGGAGACCUUCCAGAAGGAGAACUUUCUGGCUCUCGAGAGCAAAAAACGAAGAGGGACUGACUCUGAGAGGCUAAAGCGCAUGACUGCUAAAGUGGACGGUGUCAUUAAACAGGUUGGUGAGAUCAGAGAUGUUGACCGCAGACUGCGAGCACUAGAAUCAGAUAUGGAGUUCUGUACGUCUUCUCUUCAGUGGAUUAUGGAAGCUCUGUCUCAGAGCAGUACAGUGAAGAGCCCUAAAGCACACCCGACUCGCAAAGCAGAACAGAAUCAGCAGACAGAGAGGAGAUAAAUAGACUGCGUGUCCAAGUUUGCAUCUCGGAUUUCAGGGGCAACAACGAUCCUUCUCCAUGUUCUCUCUUCCCCAACCCUCACCCUAUGGACUCUCUGGACUUGUAGAUCCCACUAAUUUCCUGUGUUAAUGUAUUAUCAAUUGAAACAGGACGUUUGGGUUGGACAGUUAGUCACUUAAAAAAAAUGGCAAUAGGUUUUAGUUCUGUGACAGUCAAGAAUUAUAAUUUAGUGAUGAGAGAAACAGAGCUUUUCAAAACUCCAAAUCAGUUGAAUCGGCUGUUUACUAUUUUAAAAUGCUCAAAGCACAUAGGCCGGUGACACUGAUGGUCAAAGCAGUGUAAAUGCAAGGCAGACUCGUUUGCAAAUGUUCUUCUUGAAAAUGUAAUGUAAUCUAUACUAAUCUUUCAAACUCUAAGUGUCUGUGUAUAUAAUAUGUAUUCUUUUAUU